AUGGGGGCUUAUUUAUCAUCACCAAAAACAAAUAAAGAAUCUUGUGAUGGGGGAAAUUUAGAAGUAGACCCAAGUAGAUUUGGGUUAUCAUGUAUGCAAGGUUGGAGAAAAAAUAUGGAGGAUAGUCAUAUUUGCUAUAAUAAUUUAAAAUUGAAAGAAAUAGAAGAAGAUAUUUCUAUAUACGGAGUAUUUGAUGGGCAUGGUGGACCAAACGUAUCAAAAUGGAUUUCUUAUAAUUUUCGUAGAAUUUUUUUAAAAUGUAUAAAAGAGGCAAAUGAAGAAUUGAUAAAAAAGAAUUUGGAUAAAUCAAAAAAUUAUAAACUAAAACUUAUUAAACUAACUCUUGAAAAAACUUUUUUAAAACUUGACGAAGAAAUGUUAUUAACAGAAAAUCAAGAAAAGUUAAAAAAAUAUAGUGUUCCUACUCAAGAAAAUGAAGAAGAGUCAGAUACAAGAGAAAAUUACAUAUAUUCCAUUUUAAAUGAUAUCAUGUCAAAAAAUAUUAGUAUUAAAGCUAUUGAAAGAGAUGGAAAGAGAUGCUUACAAGUUGUUUAUAAUAAAGAUGGGAACCCUGUAGGAGAGGAAGGGAAUACGGAUCCCUCUUCUUUAUCAUCUUGUGAAGAAAACAAUCUUUCCGAAGAUAAUAAUAAAUCAGCACAAUUAUUUGACAAUUUAGAUCAAGAAUUAAGAGAUGAAAAGUAUGAUGAAGUAGAUAAUAAGGAGAAUGAAAAGGAAAAUAAAAAAAAUGAAGAUAAUGAUAUGAUAAAGAAAGAUGAUGCAAAUUCUGAUGCUAUAACUACAAAUGAUAAUGGUGGAAGAAUGAAAGAAGAAAAAGAAGAGGAAACAAAUAAGGAUACUAAAGAAAAUAAAAAUUCAGAAGAAAAUAAAGAAGAUAUACAUAAUAGUAAAAUAAAUGGAGAAAACAAAGAUAAAGAAAUAAAAUUAUCCAACAUGGUAAAAGUAGAAGAAAAUACAGAUAAUAAUAAUGGGGUAUCGAAUUUAAAUGAGGAAAAAAAUGUAAUACUACCAACAGGAACAAAUGAAGAAAAUAAAAAUAAACUAAUAGAUGAUAAUAAAGAAAAUUAUGAUUGUAUGGAUAAUGAGGAAACUAAUUCAAUAAAUACAAAAAGAUUAAAAAAGGAUAUAGGUAGUGAUUAUUCUAAUAAUGAAAAGGAUAAUAAAGAGGAAGAAAAAUCAAAAAAUAAAGAAAAUGAUAAAAUAGAAUUGGGAAAAUCAGAAUUAACAUAUGAUAAUUUGAAAUGUAUGGAGGAAUCUUCAGAAGUAAAAAGUUAUCUCAAUGAAAUUGAUAAUAAUAAUAAUAACAAUAACACAAAUGGAAAUAUAAGUUAUGAAGAAAAUUUAACAAAGCUAUAUGAAAGAAGUAGUAGUAGUAGUGAUGAAGGAAUAUAUGAUGAAGCAGUAACAAAUGUGAUUGAUAAUAACAUAAGUAACAGUACUGAUAAUAAUAACGAAGGAGAAGAUUGCAAUGGAAUAUACUCUUCUGAAGAGCUACGUUUAUUUGAAAACUAUUAUUCAAAUGAUUAUGAAGAUAAUAUAGCUUAUAGUUGUGGAUCAACCGCCUUAGUAGCAGUUAUAUUAAAGGGAUAUUUAAUUGUAGCUAAUGCAGGGGAUUCAAGAGCAAUAGUUUGCUUUAAUGGGAAUUCGUUAGGUAUGUCCACUGAUCACAAACCACAUUUGCAAUCAGAAGAAGCGAGAAUUAAAAAGGCUGGUGGCUAUAUAGCUAAUGGAAGAGUAGAUGGAAAUUUAAAUUUAACUAGAGCUAUUGGAGAUUUGCAUUAUAAAAGAGAUCCUUUCUUACCUCAAAAGGAUCAAAAAAUUUCAGCUUUCCCUGAAAUUACCUGUGUUACUUUAACUCCUGAAGAUGAAUUUUUAUUUCUUGCAUGUGAUGGAAUUUGGGAUUGCAAAGAAGGACAAGAUAUUGUUUGUUUUGUUAAAACAAGACUAGAAAAAUUUGAGGAAAUUCCCGAUGAUGCUGUUGUUGAUAAUGGGGAUAAUAAUGAAAAUACUGAUAAUAGUUCUAAUGAAAAUGGAAAAGUGAAGGAUACUGAAAAUAAUUUAAAUAAAGAUGAAAAUUCAAAUAAUCAAAAAAGUGAACAAGAUGAUGAAACGCAGAUUAAAAAUUUAAAUGAUGACACUGAUAAGGAUAAAAAUAAUAAUAUAUUAUAUCAAGAUGAAAAUAAAAAUGACAUAUCUCAGGAAGAAAAUAAGAAUGAAAAUGAAGAAGAUAAAUAUGAUUCUGCACCAGUUAUAGAAAGAAAAAAAUUUGAAAAAUUUAACAAAUUAUCACAAAUAUGUGAAGAAUUGUGUGAUGAAUGUUUAUCUAACAACUAUAAAGAAAAUGAUGGCAUUGGCUGUGAUAAUAUGACUUGCUUAUUAGUUCAAUAUAAUCCACUUUAUAAAAUGCAAACAGAAAAGAAAUUUUUAAACAUUGAUGAAAUUGAAUAA